AAUCAGCACUCGCAGAGGCUCCGCUGACGCCUGUCAGUCACGAGCCGGCACUUCCCCGACCAACCAGAAGAAAAUUAGGUAACGCCUCUUCCGGUUCUGCCCCCUGGUUCCCGGAAGUGUGAUGUGUCUAGAAGCGGGGAGCUAUGUCUGCAAUCUUCAACUUUCAGAGUCUACUGACAGUAAUCUUGCUGCUCAUAUGUACCUGUGCUUAUAUCCGAUCCUUGGCUCCCAGCUUACUGGACAAAAAUAAAACUGGAUUAUUGGGCAUAUUCUGGAAGUGUGCCAGGAUUGGCGAACGGAAGAGUCCAUACGUAGCUGUGUGCUGUAUAGUGAUGGCCUUCAGCAUUCUGUUUGCACAGUAGCAAUUGAAGAAUGUCAAGAAUCUCUUGCUAUCAAGCUAAUGGCUUGACAGACUUUGGACAGCAAAAAGAUAAACAUUCUAAACCCUUCUCUUUCUUUGUUGCGUGUAUAGGAGAGGCCAUACUUUUGGCAACUGUUUCCUUUUUUUCCUGUUAGUGGACCAUGGUGUACAGUUUAACAAAAUGCCAUUUAGGAACUGAAGACCUGUAUUUUGAUUUCAUAAUGUUAAUUUAGUAGUACUGACACUGAUAUUAUAAAUUCUGCAAAGGUCAUUCAUAUGCAUUUUACAUUGGAUUUCAAAGUGGUUAUUUUUAAGCCAUCCAAUUGAAAACAAACUUAAUAAAUACAUCAGUUUGAGAAGUCUUUUUCUGUGUGUUUACAAAGACAUUCUUAGAACAGGAAGACCAAAUCUGAUUGAUUAAAAAAAAACCCUACAUGAUUAUUGGUUACCGAAAUUCAUUUAGUUCGCUAUUAAUUCAUUUAAUGAAUUCCUGUAUUGGCCACGAAAUACACAUUUACGUAUACUACUAUUACUACUACUACUAUCUCUGGUUUAAAUUGUCCUAAUUUUUUAAAAAUCUUUUACAGAUAUUACAAUAAUAAUCAAUGCAGGUCUUAUGAAAUUUAAAAAAAACCUAUUUCUACUGUUAAGAGUCAUCCUCAUUGAAAGUCAUGUAGUUUUGUAUCUAACUGAUUAGAAUACACAAAUUUGGGUGUUGCGAGCUCAAACUAGUAUGUAUACAAACCGUACAUGUACAUUUUAGAAGAUGAAGUGUUCAAGUAUUUUCAGUACUGUGCCACAAAGGAAUUCUAACGGCAAUACUGAUGAGUAUUUAUUAAUGAACUGUUUAGUACAAUAACCUUUUCUAAAGUGAAGAUUUUAUGCAAUCUGGCCAUUCAAUUUAGCUGUUUUAGCAGCCUUGCAAGUACCAAUGUUCUAAACGGUAAAAGCUACUGUAGUGAAAUUAACUGCUGCAUAUUAAUGCUUGCAUUUUGAGUUUAUUACAUAUUUCUGCAAGCUUUACUCUUUAAAAGACUGUCUAGUAACUUACAGUGGUAACGUUCUUGAAAGGCAUAUUUAUAUUGAGUAACCCAAACAUUUUUGCUGCAUCUGAGAGUUGUUACCAUCUCUAUUGUCAUUUUGAAAAGCUAAGCUGUGUAAUUAGAAUGAGCAAGGUGGAAAUAAAACAAACUAGAAGAUAUACAAAAAUCACUGAGUUCUUGUUAGAAAAAUGCCCAUCAGUUACUACAGCUGCCUAAGUUACAUUGAAUUCAGGUUGCUCUACAACUCAGAGGAAGUGACUAUUUGACAUCCUUGAACUGUUAUACAAGCUGGCCAUAGAUAUUGCUAAGAUGAUGCCAUCAUGUAGUUCAGAACUCUAUUCAUUUUUCUGUUUCCAAAAUACAGAUAUAUAAAAGAUUGAGCAGUGAAGAAUGGGUCACAGUUUAGCUGCCAUUGGCUCUAACAUGCUUAGCAGUUAGUCUCAUAUGCAGCAACCCAAUAUCAGAAGAUUACAGAGGUGAACUUUUUGACCCAUUUCUCAUGCAUGUACUCAUAUGCCCAGACCUGUGCUUCUGUGUUUUGUCUGGUCCUAACAUCUGGUCCUAUCUUUGAUUUUGAAUAUUGCACCAAAAAGUUUCAAAGUUAGUGAUUACAGGUUUUCUUUUCCAGAAGAUUUUUAGAAACAAAGAUAAACAAACCUGUCUAUUGUGUCUGUCACAUGUAAAUUAUGUAUCCCAAACAAUGAAAAAAUUAUUUGAUAAAGCAACUAUCGCAUGUCAUCUUCUGAAAAGAGAUUUACUUUUUCUUGUAUUUACAGAAAUCCAAAUUUUUUUUUUAAAAAAAGAGAUGUUUGAUGAAACAAUGCUAUUCAUGUAUAACCCCAACUAUGGAAACUACCCAUUUACAUAUAAUAGUUCUUAGUAUGGCUUGGAAUAGUACGGAAUACUUUUAAUUAUAUAGUGAAGCAAGACACCAAGCAACUUUUCAUGCUUGAGUACCCAGAAACAUAGCAAAAUAAUAUUUCAAACAGCUCACUGGAAAAGUGUCUUUAUUUUUCCUUUUCAAAACAGUUAAUGUUAUUGGUCAACAAAUGAAGGAAUAAAACAACGUCCUUGGA